AUGGAGAUUAUAUGGCAAUUUAUGAAUCAAGAAACCAAACAUUCAACGUACGUGACUGCUGCAGCAAUAUCAGCUUGGGGUCUGCUCCUUUCGGAUAUAAAUACAUGGAGAAUUGGUCACAAAAAGUGGAAAGAAUUGAUCCCUUAUCUUCUAAAACAACUAGAGGAAGGUGAUGAAGAUGUUACAGCUGCUAGUAUGGACGUGCUUGCUUUACUUUUUGAAAAAGGUAAUCUUGAGAAAUUCUCAAAUCAAACACAAGAAUAUUCAAGCAUAAAGGACAUGAAAGAUGACAUUAUGAAGCAUGUAAAGAGAGCAAAACAAGAUGCUUCAAAAAUUCUGGAGGAUGAUUACAAUAGGACAGCUACUAUUACUUUGUGUGGUAGAAGACUUACCUUUAGUACCUGGUCACAAUUGAAGCAGAUGAAUUACAUAAGAAGAUUUUUGGGCUACGGUUUUACAAAUCACAUGAUGGAAAACAAGUAUCUUCACGAAGUCUUUCACUUUGUACCUGCAGCAACGACAUAUAGUGGCUUAGAACUAUAUAAAUCUGAAUAUGAAGAGGUAGCUGUUCGGAUUUUCUUACCUGAUGUAAGAAGAAAAUGUUGCAGAAAGAGGAUUUAUAUGUCUCCUAAUUCUCUGCUGAACAAGGGAAAGACUCAGUUGAUGAACAAGUAUAGGAGUAUUGCAGAAGAGGCCAAGGCUGGACAUUACAAUGCUGAGGGAGAGCUCGACUGA